AUGGACCCUCAAAUGCAAACAAUUAAUCAGCCUCAUCAUCCUCAUAUACUGUCUGCACAAGUGCAGAUGAGAGAACAAUUACUGCACGAUGAUAUUGGUGAAAUAGACAUCACCCAAGAAACUCCGAUAUCUAUAAAGAAUGGACCUGGCCGCGUAUACCAACAACAACAACAGCAAUACUUUCCUUCACAACCACAACCACAAUUACAGCAACAAAGAAUGCCCCAUCCAAAUCAAUUAUAUCCUCAACAGGUAUAUGCUCAAAAUGCACAGAUGUAUCCUAGAGGGCAACAGCAGCAGCAACAGCCCCAAUCACAGCAAGAACAACCCCAGUUCAAUUACCAACAAAAUCAUCAUCAACCAACCCAAUUUCAACAAUAUCCAAACCAGAGGAUGAUCCCUCAAUAUAAUAAUAGCCAUACUAAUAUUCAACAAAGACAAUCACCACAACCACAACGGCAGCAGCUGCAGUACGUGGAUACAGAUCCUUAUGGUAAUGUGGUAACGAAGAGAGAUGAUGAUGACGAUGGUGAUAAUGGAAGAAGAUCGUAUUCUUUAAAUCAAAAGUCUAUAUCUAAUUUUUUUAAACAAAAAAGUCAUAUCUCCUUUGGUAAAAAUAAGAAAAAUACCUCUUCACAAGCAUCACCAUCAAACUCAGCUGAAUCAAAAACAAGGCGUCAUUACGGUAACAAUCGUAAUUUUAAUCGUGGUUCUGCAGACGACGGUGAUAAAGAUGAAGGUGGCGAAGACGAAAUUGUUAUGGAUGAAAAUGUUAACUCAAAAACAUACACUUUCAACGAUAUCCAAACAUUCGGUUAUAAAAAGGGUGAUAAAUUGAAUGUCACAAGUGAUACUACUCCAAUCAUACCAACUUUAGUGACUAAUCAAAACGGGAAAAACAUGAACAAUACCGAAUAUAGGAAAUAUUUAACGAACCAGAAAAAAUUGGCAAUGACAAAUUUUACAAAGCAAAAUACAAAUGUAAAUAAUGGUGGUAAUACCGCCCAGCCUGCUCCAAAUCCAAGAGCUAUGUCCCUGCAGACUUCUUACGCUAAUAAUACUCCAUAUUUUCAACAAUUCCAGCAGCAACAGCAACAGCAACAGCAAAUGCAAGGACAAGUACCAAAUCAACUGAAUCCUCAACAACAGCGUUUCCCACCUAUCCAAAAUGGGUUGCAGAAUAAUGCUAGCAAUAAUAUACGAGCAAAUUCAUUAAUGACCGGUAACCGUCCAAUGCAAAACUUCCAACAAAGACCUGUUAACAAUAGAUUACCUCUCCAAAACAAUCCGAUGCAAUAUCAGCCGAAUAACUCACCAGGACCCAAGCAAUCUCAAAUACCUCCCUAUCUACAACAACAGCAACAACAAUCACAGCAAGGUCCAAGAACCAUGUCACUAACUAAUCUUCCUUCGAACAGGCUUUCACCAACUAAUAAUUCAAGAUUGCCACCGUCAAUUCCACCUGGCCCAACCAUGCAAUCUACAGCAAUAGCUCCUAUGGUAAAUCCUCAAAUGCAGCAAUUUCAAAAUUAUAACGGAAUCCCACCGCAACCACACCAACCGACUCAACCGCAGCUGCAAAACCAAUCAUAUGGAUUAGCUAAUAAUACUACCGAUACUUCAAUGAUGGACCAAAACGCAAGUAACAAUACGUCGUCGACUUUGUCACAAUCUCAAAGUAACAAUCAAUUACAAACUGGUUCUAUCUCCUUACCAACACAAGCAAGAAAUGAGAGGGAAUUUUAUCAAAAAGCUGAAUCAAAUUUGUCCUCCUCAAACCCAUCUAUCGAUAGUCCACAAAAUACAGAAUCUAACGCUGAAUUUUCUUCUAAUCCAACUUCCAGUAAUACUAAUCCCUAUAGUAAUGAUCUAAUACGGGGAACAGAAAAUAAAAAUAAAUUAAAUAUUCUGAAGUUAUCUCAGCCACAACAAGAAGAAAGAGUACAACAACAACAACAACAACAACAACAACAACAACAACAACAACAACAACAACAACAACAACAACAACAACAACAACAACAACAACAACAACAACAACAAGAUCGCAUUAUGAAGGAAGAAGAAGAACUUAAAAUAAAAAAACUAGGAGAAAGAACAAGAACAGGAUUAAAUUUAAGACCAGUGAGUCUAUUACAGAACGGAUUACAAGAUCUCUCUUUGAACGAUGAUUCUGUCAAUUUCAAUUCGAACAGAAUAUCUAACGCUACAUAUCAAUCUACAUUUAGUGAUUCUCCUGUGAAGAAUAAUAUUUUGAAUAGACAAACUGGUAUGUAUAAAUUGGAAAAUACUACUGAUGUCAAUGAAUACGUGACAGCUCAAGAAUUCCCCUUUCAAAGAAACUCAAUACAAUCAAUUGAUGGUGCCAAUCGGCCAGCCACCGAUGAUAUUACAUCCACUGACGACAUUGAAACAUUGAAACAAUCUGAAAUUGUUGACACAAACGCAGAGGUAAAGAGAGAUUUUGAACCGACAGGCAAUAAGAGAGCAUCAUUAAUGAAAGUUUUUAAAAGAUUGUCGAAAGCUGAUGUGACAACAAGAGAUACCACCAAGUUAAGCAAAAGAAAUUCGAACAUUGUUAGUAUAAGUAGUUUCAAUAGUGCAGUCGAUGAUACUUUCCAAAAUAAAAAUGAUCUAAUUUUAUCAGCACAGCUUGUGCAAGAAAAGGAGGAACCCAAUAAUAAAGUAUUGAAUGAAGCUGAACAUCACAAUGCAGAAAGUAGCCGUCAAGCAUCAUCGAUGUAUUCAGAAGCUGCGGAAGUGAAAAACAAUGAUAGUCAAGAAGAUCAUACGUUCCACAAUAACCCAUUUAAGAGAGAUAAGAAGGAUAUUCGUACUUCAUCAGUGACAGCUCCGAUAGUGACAGCACCGAUCAGUGAUGCAGAUGAAGCCAGAGAGAUCAGUGACGGUCCAAUUGAUGAAGUUGAUGACUUUGUCUUUGAUAAUACUGCACCAAAGGAAUAUGAACCAAGCUAUACCGCACCGAACAAGUCAGAAAGAAGGAAGACUUUAUUGAUUUCUGGGGAGCAAUUAAACAUAAUUAACGAGAAUCGUGAAUUGAUAAAGGAGUUGACACUAGUAUCUACUGAGUUGGCUGAAUCUAUUAAAAGAGAAACGAUAUUAGAAUCUAGACUUCGUAAUGGCAAUAAUGGAAACGAUAUGAAUGGUCAAAAUGAUAAUGUUAAUGGGAAUAUGGACAGAGAAAUAUCGUUAGAUGAUUUUGAAAUAGAACUUCGAAAGAAAUCAAGUAAGAUUGUAGAAUUAAUUCAGCAAUUAAAUGAUGAAAGAUUGAAAAGGUUUAUUGCAGAAGAACAAGUGUUAUUACAAGAGAAUGGAGUGCAACCAAGUUCAAUUGAACUAAUUCAAACGAUAACUGAUUUGAAACAAUCAAUCGAGAUGAAAGACGAGGAGGUUAAAACAUUAAAAGAACAAUUAGAAAAUAUACAGGCGCAUCAUUUAUAA